AUGUCGGAAAAUUCUGAUUAUGUUUUCUUAUUUUCUGAAUCUAACGCAACACACUUUCAAGAUUAUACUGGUUCACAACCACCAAGUUAUGAAGAAGCAAUUAAUGGUUCAUUAGACCCCACCAGUGUAACUAUUAACCCUUUACUUAAUCCCAGCAACAACGGGAGAAGUGUUAAUGACGGUCCAACUAGACAGCAAACAUCUGAUGAACAUUUACCACCUCCGCCUGAAUACAAUCUUUCUGAUGCUAAAUUUAAGAGAACUUCUGAAGGUGUUACCACAUGUGAACCAAAGCUGAAUAGAGAGCCAGAAUCAUUAUAUAGAUUCAUGCUUGCACAUAACGAUAAGCCUAACAUGGCUAUAAAGAUACAUGGUUAUCAUUAUGAGACAAGACAUUAUACCUAUACUUACACUGAUGCAAAUGGUAAUAUUCAAUAUGGAACUCGUAGUGAAACUUAUGUGGUUACGGAUUUUUUGAUUACAAUAGAUUUAUCUGAAUAUGUUUUACCAAAUGGAACAAUUCAUGCAAUUCCAAAUAAAAAAAAUCCAGAUCCUCAAAUAAUGGACAUUGUCAAUGAAUACAUUAAUCAUGAAAACAAACUAAAAGAAUUUAUUAUGAAAAAAACAGUAUUAUGGGACUAUCAAUCUUUGACAAAAGCAAUAUCAACGUCAAUUCGUCUACAUGGAUUUCAUAGAUUUUUGGAAAUAACUUAUCCACUUCAAAAUCAUAAAGUAAAAGUUCAAUCGGAUCAUAAAUUUGCAAAAUUUACCAGAAACACUUUUACACAAGUUUUAUGUGUUGUCACCUGUGUUUGUAUAGUUUUUUGGCCUUUGUUCUGGUUAUAUAAAAAAUCAUUUAAAAACCAAAUUAGAAGUGAUUUUUGUAUGUCCAUAUCAACAAGAGAUUGGUAUGAUAAACACAUAUAUUAUAUCCUUGGCGAAAUCAGAAAUCAAUAA